AUGCAGAACAGGACAAGUCUAAUCCUCUGUGCCCUCACCCUCCUCGCAGGCUUUCUGAUGAUCUGCUUGGGGGGCUACUUCAUUUCCAACUCUGUCAUCCACUCUCAGAGGAAUCUGGUCAUGGCCUACGUGCUUCUGCCUAUGGGGUUUGUGAUCCUCCUGAGUGGAAUUUUCUGGGCCACUUACCGCCAAGCAAAUGAAAACAAAGAGAUGUUCAACCAAGUGCUGAGACAGCACCUUGCAUCCCAGGAUCUGCCCCUGGCCACAGUCGACAGGCCCGACUUUUAUCCCCCGACUUAUGAAGAAAGCCUGGAUGCUGAGAAACUGGCCUGCCCUGCAAGCAGAGGCCUCCUGGGAUUUCCUCCUCCUCUGUAUUCAGCAACAAACCUGGACCUUGAAGAUGAGGAUGACCCACAACCCGAGGCCCCACCACCCUACCAGGAGUGCAUGGCAGAUGCAGUAGUACCAGCAAAGGCACAGGAUGCCGAGGGACCAAGCACAGUGCCAAGGGCAGGGCCUGCUCUCCAGCCCUCUGAACUCACCAGCUGCUGAGGGGACAGGCUGGCUAGGGACCGGGAAGCAGCUCUGCCACCCUGCACUAGAGCAAGGCCACCGUGGGUUCAAGGGACUCACAUUCAGCCUCGUCAAGGCAGUACUGGAUCCUUGAAGGACAUAGCCAUCAGCAGGAAGCUGGUGUAGAAAAUUCCCACUAAGCCCAACCCAGGUGAACCUUAGACUGAAGAGAAGGUAGAAGGCCAGGCUCCCUUCUGACUCCGUGAUCUCAACUCAAGCCUGGAGGGGCCCUUGCUGUGGGUGGGGCUGCAACAGCCCUUCACAUACCGUGUCAAAAGAGUCUCAAAGGAAAGGAAGAUGCCUGGGAGGCCGCAUUGGAGUCACGCACUGACUGUGCUACCUGAGGGACACCGUAGCUCACACAUAUCAUGGGAGGGGCCCUAGGAACCAAGGAACGUCAUUUUGUAUAGUUUUAUUUGAAUUAUCUAUGCUUUCUUUCUGUGUGAAAGGGAAGAGACUGCAGUAUUUGCUUUCAAAUGGUUCGAACACAAAGUGUGGAGUUAUCUCUUAAAGAGGUUCUCAUAGAGACACAUAGGGGUUCUUACAGCUUCAAGCUGACUAGAUAGAAUUCUAAUU